AUGGCGACGACAGCUCAGUACAUCCCGCGGAAUAACUCGUUGCCUUCCAACCCUCUCAUGCACCCGGACUCUGACCGGAUGCACCAGGGCACGACAUAUCGAGAAGUGCAGAAAAUGAUGCACCAUGAGUAUCUCCAAGGGCUGGCAGCGUCCAACGCCGGCCACCCGAUGAGCCUGACGCACCACCAGUGGUUGCCCACGUCUGGAGCUGACUGGAGCACCGGGACGCACCUCGGCCAGCAGCCCGAACACAAGGCUAGUGUCCCGUCGAGUCGCGACGAGCUGACCAGCGGCUACCACAGGUCGCACCUGGUGCAUCAGGCAGCGCAGAACGGCCACCACGGCUCCUGGGCUCCCAGCAACACCACGCACCACCUGUCACCCUUGUCUCCCGCUUCUGGUGGCCACCAGCCUCUGGUGUACUCGCAAACCGGCUACGCCAUGCUGAGCCCACAACCGUCCCUGCACCACGGCAUGCGCGAACCCCUGCACGACGACUCCGGUGCUCACGAGCAUCAGCUCGAGUCUCCACAGCAGCCCUACGGCCACCAACAGGACCACUCGGACGAGGAUGCGCCCAGCUCCGACGACCUUGAGCAGUUCGCCAAGCAGUUCAAGCAGCGGCGCAUCAAGCUGGGUUUUACGCAGGCGGACGUGGGGCUUGCGCUCGGCACUCUCUACGGCAACGUGUUCUCGCAGACCACAAUCUGCAGGUUCGAGGCGCUUCAACUCAGCUUUAAAAACAUGUGCAAACUCAAGCCUCUGCUCAACAAAUGGCUUGAGGAGACAGACUCGAACACGGGCAGCCCGACGAACUUGGACAAGAUCGCGGCGCAGGGCCGCAAGCGCAAGAAAAGGACCUCUAUCGAGGUCGGGGUAAAAGGAGCGCUGGAGAACCACUUUCUGAAGUGCCCAAAACCUUCUGCGCACGAAAUCAGCUCUUUGGCCAGCACGCUGCAGCUCGAGAAAGAGGUGGUGCGCGUUUGGUUUUGCAACAGGAGACAGAAAGAGAAAAGAAUGACCCCGAUUGGGGUCGCGCACCCGAGCAUGGAGGACGUUUACUCACAGGCGGAGACCCCUCCGCUCCACCACACGCUGCAGAGUCCCGUUCAGUGA